AUGAAUUUUGCUGAUUAUUUAAAUAAAUAUGAUUCAUCUGAAGCUUGUACUACUUAUAUAAAAAAGUUUAAAAGUGAACGUAAAAUUCUUCUUGUAUUAAUGAUAGAUUUAGAAUAUUUAUCGGUUUUUGAAGAAUUAUCUCAAAUUCAAGCAAUUUAUGUCUUAAAGAAACAAGAUGAAAAUAUUGAAUUUAAUGAACAAGAUCAUAAAAAACUAGUUCAUCUAUUUCAAAAUGUAGAUGAAUUAAUCGAUCGAUUACGUAAAGAUAUAUUAUUAACUUAUAGAAGUGAUUUACCAAUAAGUAUAUCUUCUCUGCAGGAAAAUAAUAUAGAACAAUCAUUAACGAGUUUACAUGGAAAUAGUUUAACAAUUUUAUGGAAUCAAUAUUUUCUUUAUUAUUUAAUUAAAUCUCCAAAUAUCAAUAUGGAUAAUAUGAAAAAAACUAUGUUAGAUCAAUGUAGAUUUGAAUUUAAAAAUAAUAAAGUUGAAUUAGAAAAAAUUGGUGAUUUUGAUCAACAUUGUUCAGAAGAAAAUAUUUUAAAAUGGUAUACAAAAGAUUCGUUCUUAUAUAGACUUUUAAAUAAAGCAUUUCGUACAAGAAAUAUUGAUUUUAUUUGUCAAUUUCAAUAUUUUUUAAUAGGUUUAUAUAAUGUAUUUCAAAAAUUAUCAAAAGAACAAAAUGAAGAAUAUCCUUUAACUGCUUAUCGAGGACAAAUUCUCAAUAAAAAUUAUCUGGAACGAUUAAAAUCAAAUGUUGGACGUUUUAUUUCAAUGAAUAUAAUGAUGUCAACAUCACGUUUUGAAGAUAUUGCUCGUUUAUUCUUUCUUGAUGCUUCAUUAAGUGCUUUAUUUAAAAUUAAAAUUAAAGAUGCAUCCGAUGAUAGAUUCCGACCAUUUAUCGAUAUUUCUGAAUUAAUUUCAAUGCCUGACGAACAGGAAAUUUUAUUUUUUGUUGGAAGUAUUUUUUCUAUUGAUUCUGUUGAACAAGAAAAUGAAUCAACAUGGAUUAUCGAACUAACUUUAAACAAUACAAUAUACAAACAUAUCGAAAAUUUUAUUAUUGAUUUUGAAAAACAUAUACGCGAUUUUAAAAAUAAACAUGAUUUAUUUAUGAAAACAGAUGAUUUCAAUAUGAUCAAAGAAUAUUAUAAUAUGUUAACAGGAAAAGAAUUCUCUUUAAAUAAUUUACCUAUCAAUAUGACAUAUAUUUAUGUUGCUUUUAUGUUUAGUAAUUUAGGAUGUUAUGAAAAAGCAAUUGAACUAUAUAAAAACUAUCUUCUCAUAGACAAUAUUUCUAUUGGUAGUCCUCAAUCAAAAGUUAUUCAUAUUAUUAUUGGUUAUCUUUAUUAUAAUUCUUGCGAUUAUGAUAAAGCUUUUCUUCAUUAUGGUAUUACAUUAUCAUUAUUAGAUGAAACAAAUUUAUUAACAAAUAAACUAUACAAUCAUAUUGGUGAUGUUUGGAAAAAAUUGAAUAAUGUCAAUAAUGCAAUAUCAUAUUAUUAA